UGGACUCAAUGUGCAUAUUCAAAUUAUGUUGGUCCCACACAUAAACUCCUCUUCAUCAUAUAAAAUCAUGGCUAGAGUUCACGUUUAUUAUUCUAAACUGACCCUCCCACAAUAGUUUCCAUCAUUUCAAACUCUUUGAUAUCAUCUUAACCAUUCUUGCAAUAGCCUCAUCCUCUUCUUGUAUAUUUCCCAACCAUAUUUCACCCUUGUAAACGCUUUUGCAUAACUUCAUUCAAAAUUCAAAACUUUCAAACAUCAAGGAUUAUUGCACCAUGUCCCUAGCAGGACUUAUUAUAGACCAAGAAAUGAAUCACAACAAGAAAUCAUUCCACAGACGAAACGAUUCCGGUGAGCUCGAUGUGUUUGAAGCAUCAAGAUACUUCUCAGGGUACAACGAAGUUAUUGGAUACACUAAUAACUCUACUUGCACACAGAAAGUGAUAAGAGAAGAAAGGAAUGGACACAGAGGAAGAAUAAGCUUAGACAUGCCAAUGAGAACCUUGCUUCCUCAACAAUUUAACGGUGUCGAUCAGAAACAAAUAAAAGACAAGAAACACACCAAACAACCUAGCUCACCGGGCGGUAGACUCGCGAGUUUCUUGAAUUCUCUCUUCAAUCAAUCAACAUCAAAGAAGAAGAAAUCGAAAUCAAGUUCACAGUCCAUGAAAGACGAAGACGAGAGUCCCGGUGGAAGAAGAAUGCGAAGAAGCAGCAUUAGCCAUUUCAGAAGCUCGAGUACCGCAGAUUCAAAAUCCAUUUACUCUUCUUUGAGUAGUGGUUUUAGAACUCCUCCUUAUGUAAACACUCCAACAAAAGGAUGCAAGGAAUUCAAAACGUUGUCGGAACAAAAUCAGGCCGCGAAAACAAACUUCAACGGACAUGUAAGACCAUCAUCAACCACUUUGCAAAAUGAGUUGGGUUGGGAUGAUAAGAAAAGGAGAAACUCAGCUUUGUUGGGUGAUAACUACAAACAGUUGGUGGACAAAAAAUUCUAUGAAGAAGAAAAAAGGGAACUUAGCAAAUUCAAUGAUUUUGAUGAUGGUGCAGAAAGUGAUUCAAGUUCUGAUCUGUUUGAAUUGCAAAACUAUGAUUUGUGUCACAAUUCAAGUGGUUUACCUGUCUAUGAAACUACCAACAUGGAUAAUAUCAAGAGAGGGUCAACAAUUUCCAAUAGCUCUCAUUGAUGAUGACAUUAUAGAUGAUUAAUCUAUAGUUUUAAAUGUGUUCAUGUUGAAUUGGUGAGUUAAUUAGAAACUAUGCAAAGGAAAAUCUCCUAGAUUUUACUUGA